AUGUCUGAGCUGCUCCUCCUGAGGCAAAAGUGUGGGCGCCCCUUGACCACAGCAUUGACCGUGUCCUCUCUGUUUGUCCCGCAGGCUGCUCCAAUGGACGGCCGGGCUCCUCUGAAGACAGCACUCAUGGGUCAGAGGGGUCAAGGGGAGGUCAGAAGUGUCAGCCUAACGCUAGACUCUGCUGCAGGCUGGAGCAGGGGCCUGGUGCUGGUCACAAAAGUGUUUAUCCCUGGCCUCUGCACUCACACAGAGUCAUGA